AUGGAGCUUCUGGUUCUGCGACUUGAUUUCAUGGUUUUGGCUCUCAUCAUCCAUGAAUGUAUAUAUAGAAGAAUGUCAAACCGCCAGCAGCAGAUAGUAUCAGCCGCCUUGGAAGAACUUAUUCUAGUUUGGGUUUUGUUCAAGUUAAGUACUUUACAUAAAGCAGCAUCCUUGCUCAG